CCGUGUGGGAAACUGAGGCCCGCUUCUGAGAGGGGGAACCCGAGCUCUGUUGCGGCCUUACUCUGCCCCGCGCCCUUGAACUUCCCCGGACGGUCAGACGGUCGGACGAGCGUGCUUUCCCUCUCGGCCCGGGGCCAGAGGCGGCGGAGAGCGCUCCCUUCCGACCGGUAGCCUCCGGGAGGCCUUCCUGGAGGACGUGGCCGCCCGCUGGCCUGGCCGCCCGAGGCCGGAGGCUUCCUUCCUUGAACCGGUGGUCCGGGGGCUGAUGGUUGUGGGCCGGGGGGAGGUGUUGGUCCUGUCAGUUUAGCGAAUGGCUUUCCGUGCUUCCCCCCAUCCCAGCUGCCCUCCCCGCCGAGACCACCAGCCGGGGUCACCCCUUUUCUCCCCGAAAAGGAGUCGGAGGCUGCGAGACUCUUAGCCCCUGGCUGGCUUCUCCGUAUUCUCCAUCGCACUUUCUGCCCCUGUAGUUUCAUUGCCCCAUUUGUCACCUUUGAUGCUCACAUAGUCGUUAUUAACUCUAUUUAUGUAAACAGUCCUGUCAGAACAUCUCGGGGCCUCUUAGGUCAUUCAGCAUAUCGACUGUAGCGUUUCAAUUCCAAGCCAGCCCUCUGCCCUCCUCCGCUGCCGGGAGUCUGUCUGUCUGCCAGUGUCACGAGUCUCCCUGCUCUGCUUCUCACCCAAAUCGCUCCCCCAGUGUAUGGCACUAAUAUAAGCCGGAAGUCAUAAUGCCUGCCCCCGUUGGAAAUAGGUGGAAACUGAGUCUUGGCUCGGAUAAUUCUUUAUACGAUUGGCUAGGUGCAGCACAAAUGCUAUUUUCAGGGCACAGAAAAUUGGCUUUAAUGAAUUCCGUGACUGAAGUCAGAGAGUGAAGUGAAUAGCCAAGAUGAACUCCCAAGUAAUGCAUUCCAACAAGAAGUGUUUCUUUACCACCCACUAUAUAUGCAAAGCACUCUGCUGGAGAUCCACCGAAAAAAUUUGAGAAAUAGUUCUUGGCCUCCAGGAAUUAACCUUCAGCUGGGGAGAAACUGGUAUGCAGCUAAGUUACUAUAAAAGUUGGAAGAAAUAAUCUGCUCUGGGAAGGAAGAGAAAUGGGAGUGAGAACGUUGAGCCUUUCCUGGCAGUUCUUGAUAGUUCUGGUUUUGAUCCUGCAAAUCUUGUCCGCGUUGGAUUUUGACCCGUACAGAGUCCUAAGGGUCAGCCGCACAGCCAGCCAGGCUGAUAUUAAAAAGGCAUAUAAGAAGCUCGCCCGGGAAUGGCAUCCUGACAAAAAUAAAGAUCCAGGAGCAGAAGACAAGUUCAUUCAGAUUAGCAAGGCUUAUGAGAUUCUAUCCAAUGAAGAGAAGAGAUCCAACUUUGAUCGCUAUGGAGAUGCGGGUGAAAGCACCGGGUACCACCAGCCACAGCAGCCACAGGGUCACCACUUCCACCAUUUCCACGACAGCUUUUACUUUGAUGAAUCCUUUUUCCAUUUCCCGUUCCAUUCGGAGCGGAGAGACUCAUCAGAUGAGAAGUACCUGCUACACUUUUCCCAUUAUGUCAACGAGGUGGUCCCAGACAGCUUCAGAAAGCCCUACCUCAUCAAGAUUACCUCGGACUGGUGCUUCAGCUGCAUCCACAUUGAGCCUGUCUGGAAAGAAGUGGUACAGGAACUGGAAGUAUUGGGUGUGGGAAUUGGCGUUGUCCAUGCUGGCUAUGAAAGACGAUUGGCCCAUCACCUUGGAGCCCACAGCACUCCCUCCAUCCUGGGAAUCAUAAAUGGGAAGAUCUCCUUCUUCCACAAUGCAGUUGUUCGAGAGAACCUUCGACAGUUUGUGGAGAGCCUCAUUCCAGGGAACUUGGUGGAGAAGGUCACUGAUAAAAAUUACGUCCGAUUUCUCUCUGGCUGGCAGCAGGAGAAUAAGCCUCACGUCCUUCUGUUUGACCACAUGCCGCUGGCACCAUUGCUGUACAAGCUGAUUGCUUUUGCCUACAAGGAUUAUUUGUCAUUUGGAUAUGUAUAUGUCGGCUUGAGAGGGACUCAAGAGAUGACAAGUCAGUACAAUGUCAACAUCUACACCCCAACCAUGUUGGUCUUCAAGGAACAUAUAGACAAACCAGCUGAUGUUGUACAGGCUCGGGGGUUGAAGAAACAGACCAUUGAAGACUUUGUCUCACAAAACAAGUACCUCCUAGCAGCCCGGCUCACCAGCCAGAAGAUGUUUCAUGAGCUGUGCCCUGUCAAGAGGUCUCAUCGCCAGAGGAAGUACUGUGUGCUCUUGCUGAUUCGGGAAGGAGCAAAGUCAAAUCCAGAUUUUGAAGCUUUUCUGUCCUUCGCGUUGGCAAACAGCCAGGACACUGUGAGAUUUGUGCAUGUCUACAGCAACCGGCAGCAGGAGUUUGCCAACACUUUGCUACCCAGCAGUGAAACAUUUCAGGGAAAAUCUGCUGUCUCUAUCUUAGAAAGGCGUAACACAGCUGGGAAGGUGGUGUACAAAACUCUGGAAAAUCCCUGGACGGGAAGUGAGAAAGAUAAGUUCAUCCUUCUGGGCUAUCUGGAUCAGCUACGAAGAGACCCUGCUCUUCUUUCCUCUGAGGCCAUCUUACUUGAUCUGGUCGAUGAACUUGCUCCUGUGUUUUUCCUUCGAUGGAUCUAUUCCACUUCUGAAUAUUUGUCAGACUUCUGGGACAGUGUACUUCACAACAAUUGGCGAGAAAUGAUGCCCCUUCUGUCCCUGAUCUUCUCCGCACUCUUCAUUCUUUUUGGAACAGUCAUUGUUCAGGCUUUCAGUGAUUCCAAUGAGGAUCGAGAGUCACGGCCUCCUGAGAAAGAAGUCAGUGAGAAGACCGAGAAGACUGAGACCUGUUUCAGCAAAGACAACAGCAGCAGGAUUCCCAAGAAGGGUUUUGUGGAGGUUACUGAGCUCACAGAUGUCACAUAUACGAGUAACCUAGUUCGACUGAGGCCAGGCCACAUGAAUGUCGUGCUUAUUCUGUCUAACUCCACCAAGACCAGCCUACUUCAGAAGUUUGCUUUGGAAGUGUACACAUUCACUGGGAGCAGCUGCCUUCACUUCUCCUUCCUGAGUCUUGAUAAGCACCGAGAAUGGCUUGAAUAUCUAUUAGAGUUUGCCCAGGAUGCCGCUCCCAUCCCAAACCAGUAUGAUAAGCAUUUCCUGGAGCGUGACUACACUGGCUACGUGCUGGCUUUGAAUGGACACAAGAAAUACUUCUGCCUCUUCAAGCCCCAGAAAACAGUAGAUGAGGAGGAGACCAUAGGUCCGUGUAGUGACCUGGAUUCUUCCCUCCAUUUGGGGGAGGCCCGAGGGAAACCUUUCUGUAAUUCUGGAUCCAAACCCAUCAAAGGCAAACUGAGCAAGCUGUCCUUAUGGAUGGAACGCCUUUUGGAAGGCUCUUUACAGAGAUUCUAUAUCCCAUCGUGGCCUGAGCUAGACUGAGAGGAUUUUUUAAAAAGAGAUUCAGCCCCUCCAGACUUGGGAAGAAGACAGCCUGUGAAUGGUCCUUUCCAGGACUGUCCAAACCAUCACAACAGACAGACAGUAGGUUUUAGAUGUUCUUCUAGGACAGUGGCUAGGAGAAUCCUCCCUUUGUCUUGCUCGAACCUAGGAGUGAAAUAUACCCCGAGUUGAAUUCUCUGUACCAAAAUGUUUGUUUGGGGUUUUCUUCCUCAUUUGGAUGCCGCACUACUUAAAGCAGACUCUCUCUUCCUCUCGUGUCCUCACCACAUGUGCUUCCCAUCCUUUGUCCUGUCUUUUCCAUGGAGAGACCUGUGACUUGGAGAGAACUGAACCUUCUGAAGCUCAUGGGCAGAGGCAGGCCCUCCCCCUCCCUCUUCCUCAUCUCUCUCCGUCCUCCUCCCGCUGUGCUCCCGCCGCGAUGCCUGCAAUAAUCCUGGGGCUUGGGCGGAGGGGGAAGCACCCUGGACGUGGCCAGGAGUGUAUUUGGGGGCAUCCCCCUUUAGCAGACUGUGAGCUGUCUUCCCUACACUAAUGAGCAUGAGCAGGGACCCUGCACAUGCAGUCGUUUUUCUUUCUGGGGGAAGGGAAGAGCAAGAGUGUCUGAAACUUUGCAGUUCCCCCUGUUCAGCCCAUAGGCCAGCAGAUGGGGGACACCCAGAGCACUGCAACCAUUUGAGCCAUUGCGAUGUCUUUUGUCUUCAGAUGCCUUUCUGUCUCAGUCAGUCAUAGGGUACGCUCUUACUUAAGAGCCUUAACCUGUGGUUGUGUUCUCAGAUAUACAGACAAGCUGCCGUGAGCCAGUAGGUACGGAGAGCCCGAGUCAAGCACGCCCGCCUUUUCACGAGUCAGUCUGCAGGGACCUUUUCAACCCCCAGGGCACAGCUUUAGGACAACAGACAUUUCUUUGUAUCAAGGAACUUAAAAUUUGUCAGUGGUUUUAUUUUUCUGAAUUCUGUUGCCCCCACAGUGCUAGCAAAUCCUGUCACCAGUGGAACCACUCUAGCUGUAGCAACCCAUUUACACAAUGCUCAGUUUCAGCCUUUGGCCUGUUUGGACAGGUCAUUUCCACUGUUUUCCAUAUUUACUUAGUCACCCUCAGCAGCUUCAGGGUCAAACUGAAAUCGCCAGCUGUUUGAGCUUGCCCAACACCAGUGCUUGGUUGGCUCCAGAGGGGAUGGUGCCCACCCGCUAGAGCCGACCCCUUCCUUAAGGAUAGAGCUGUCAGGAGAGGCAGAGGCUGGGUGCCCACGAAAAUGGUAGCAUGACCUCUUUGUCUCUAAAGCGGGAGGCUGAAAGAUGACGUAGAUUUUGAAAGCUAUAAUUGCUUUAGAUGAUAUUGUUUGACUGCAAAAUCACCCAGAAGUAGUUAGUUACAUUGAGUGCCUACAGGGGUGGUGAAAGCAUUAAACCAAGGUUCUUCCAAUAUUAUUCAUUAAGGGGGAGAGGGAACCAGUGCCAGGCUUCCAUCUCCCCUUGAUCCUCCCACAAAUGCUCAAGGAGCCUUGGGAGCCUAGAGCAUUGGAAACAGCCAAGUAGCGUUUUGACUUUCUGGUCCAGCAACAUCCAGCCUGGUGCCCAGGCCCAGCCCGGCUGGGGCGAGUGGGGCUGUGGAGGAGAAGCAGCUCAUGCUCUGGCCUAGGCUUCCAAGGUGGCUUUGAGCUUUGUUUUUCAUUUCUAUUCGCGUGGGCUCCCUCUCCUUAGGUUCUGAAAACCAAAAACCUCUUCCUAAACUUGCUGCUGCUUUUCUUGCACUUUGCCUUGUGUAGACAAUGCAAACCAAGUGGCCAGAUGUACUUCCAGCCCCCUCCUCCUAACACAAGGCCGCUGCGUUUGGACCGGAGCCACUGCUGGGGAAGGUGCUAGUCCUGACAGCUCCCCCAGAAGUCCCUUUGGGGGGACUUGGUAAAUGAUCUCCAAGCUCCCUCCCAACUCUGACACUGUGUUCCAAGGUCUGUUAGAACGGUCCUACCAUUCUGUGGUUAUGGGUUUGCGAUUCCUUUUGUACAAUAUGGAUUUUGCUUUUUUCUUUUCAAAGUGAACCGCUCAUUAGUCUAAGCCUUUCCUCCAAAGAUGAGUCUCAACUGAUGUGAUUUGCCCAUAUUUCAGAGGCACCUGCGUAAAGGAUGAAUUGUUUAUUUAAGCCAGCUUUCUAAUUUAAGGUGAAUUUUGAGGUAUGAUCAAGUUAACGAGGCAACUUACAAGGUUGGGUUCUUUCUUCCUGAUUGAGAAGGACUCUGUAUGUAUGUGUGUCCACUGCAGAGAACAGAUACAUAAAAGCAUGACGACUGAGCCAAAACAAGUUUGUGCAGAACAUUGCUUCAUUUCAAAAGAAAUAUGCCUAUUCCCAAUGCCCUUGCCGUCUUCAAAGCCGUGAACUUCAGCAGAGCAAUAAUAGCCUGAGCCCAGCUCCCCUGUCAUUAAACAGCAUCGAAACCUCUCCCCACCCCCAGCCCCACACUGGGAGAGGUUACUCAGCAACAGCAGCCUCUGCGUCCUCAUCCUCCCCUCACAAAUGCCGUCUGCACCCACCUACCACUGCCAUGGGUGUGCAAGGGCUCCUGGUUGAAAAGCAGCAGGCUCGCGUGGGCUGGACUUGGGAAUGGGGAACACACAGAGCCUAUUUUUAUUUAUUUUUUGUUUUUAGUAAAACUUCUUAGAAGCUGAAGCAAAGCAUCUUUGCAACAAAGGAAAAAGUAGUUGGCAGCCAAACCCUGAUGUUCUUGCCUGAGAGCAGUCUGGCUGUGCUACAGUCAGCAGCCCCCAUGGUUGCUGGGCGGGCAGGCUGUCAGUCUGGAGAGGGGGUGGGCAUACCUGGGAGAGGUCGGAAAAGAAGGUGAACAUUUUGCACUUUUGAUACUCUUAGCAACAAAUAACUUAUUUAGCAAAUCGUCUUUUUUUAUGUUUGUUUUUUGUAUUGUGAACGGGCAUUGAUGUUGAUGUUAUUUUUGUUUUAAGACUUACAGACUGGAAACCGAAAUAAACUAUUUUAAUGUGU